AUGGCCGGUUCACCUCCAGCCGCCGUGCCGGCCGAGAGCGCGACGACGACAGUAGAUUCACCGCCAGCCGCUGUACAGGCCGAGAGCCCAGCGACGACAACGGCACAAACUCCAACACCCAACGUAACGGCACCUCUUGAGCCUGAGGAGGAAGACAAUGUUGGUGACCUGUUCCGGACAACUGACGAUACCUCCUCAAUUGAUGAGCGCAUUUCCAAUUUCACCGCCUCGCUAUCAUCGAGCGUUGUUGAUUACCCCGUCGAGUAUGGACGACGGUAUCACGCUUACAGGCCGGGCACUUACAAGUUCCCCAAUGACGGGAAGGAGAUGGAUCGACUUGAUCUCGCUCAUGCUAUGAUUGUCAAGGCAACGGGCAGCAAGCUCUUCCAUGCUCCUCUCGAUUGGGAAAAGAUUCAAUCAAUCCUUGACAUUGGAACGGGCACUGGACUUUGGGCUGUUGAAAUGGGCGACAUCUUUGAACGCGCCGAGGUUUACGGGAAUGACUUGAGCGCCAUUCAGCCCCAAUGGGUUCCUCCUAACGUCAGGUUCGAGAUCGACGACGUCGAGAGCCCCUGGGUUGAGACCAAAAAGUACGACUUCAUCAUGUGCCGAUACAUGACAGCCUCAAUCACGGACUGGCCCAAGCUGGUUCGCAACAUUUACAACCACCUCAACCCGGGCGGCUGGGUCGAAUUCCUCGACAUGAACCCGGAAUUCUACUCAGAGGAUGGUAGCUACACAAAGGACCACGCCACGUACAAGUGGAACCAGGCCUUCCUGAGCGCCAUCCGGGCCGUCGGACGCGACCCGACCCCCGGUCCGGGGCACGAGGGCCGCGUCCGGGAGGCGGGCUUCAUCAACGUCACAGCGGAGAAGUACAAGGCGCCGCUGACGCCGUGGGCCAAGGACCGGCACUACAAGGACCUGGGCAUGAUGAAUCUGGUCCUGACCAUUGAUGGUCUUGAGGGGUUUUCCAUGAAGAUGUUUACCGAAGUCCUCGGACGGACGAGGGAGGAAGUCGAAGUGGAGAUCAUGGGCGUGAGGAACGAGUUGAAGGCCAGUCCGCCCGUCUUCCGCGCUUUGGUUGAAUUCGACGUUGUGUACGGACAGAAACCGCUUGCGGAGCCUGAAGAGCAGACUGAGGUUUAA